AUUUAUUACAAAUUUUUCAUAGACUAAAAGAGUAAUCAAAUAAAGAGUAAGAAACAUUCAUAUAAAUUCAUGUACACAUUGUAUUUACAUCUAACCAGAAGUCAGUUCUAGGUAGCCUUCAGUACUGAGCAAAAUACUUUGAGCAGUAAGUCAAAGGGCAGCAUCGUUUUUAACUCAUCAUAUGUGAUUUUUUAUCUAGAUUUCUGAUUUUCAAAAUAACACACUUGUGAAGUCCCUCAGGGUGCUGUACUGUAUCCUGUAGCAAAUGUAACAAGUCCAAAACGGUCACUCUUCAGAAUUCAGGCCACUUGGUUUGAAACUCAUUUUGGAAGGCUGCAUGCGAGUGAAUCAGAAUAAUAUUAUGUGGUUUUUGCACCACGUGAAAAUUCCUGCUCAUCCCAAAGAAGGAAAUAUUUUUUCUAAGGCUGUCACAGACAACAUAUGCAAAGAAAUGAAAUGACAUGCAUUGAUUUAUGUAAACUAGGUGCAGAAUUUCCAUUCUGCUGGGUUUCUUUUAUUUCUUCCAAAACAGUCAGAUGUGCAAAAUCAACACUUAUGAAAUGCAUUUUAAAUGCAACUACUCAUAUUGAACCAAAGGGAUUAAAAGGCAAGAAUAAACAACUAUGCAAGUUGAGCAGAAGGCUGAUGGUGCCGGAAGAUUCCCCAAUGAGAACUCUCUGAAAUUGGGCUCAAAGGGUACUGGACAUUGUUGUUUUCGUGGUCAGUCCAGCUGACUGACCUCUGCACUUUCGAAGCACCUUCAAGUCACCUGAUUGCAAAACCUCUCCUUGAUGCCAGGUUCCAUGAAAAUUUGCCUCCACAUUUUACUGAAAAUGGUUCCUGUGCUUUUUUUUUUUUUUCCUGGGUUGCUGCUCCAGAACUUAACUCCUAGCUGCUUCUGAUAUUGCCUUUUGCUGCUGGAUUCUUUUAAUCCUCAAUAGGUGUUCUGAUUUCAUGCUCUGUGCCUAGUUCUGCUGGCUGGAUUCAACAGAUGCUCCUGUGCUCCUGAACUGAGGGGGGGAAACAUGCACGUUGUCGUCUGUUAUAAAAUACUGAGCAGGGAGUGCUCUGCUUUCAGCAGAGCAGGGAGACCAGGCAGACACGGAAAAUCUGUGGGGGGGGGGCAGAAGAGCCGAGUGACAGUGAGUCAGUAGAAAAGGCAAGUGGGGAUGGGGGGGGGAGGUGGAGGAGUUUACUGUAAAAUGCCUAUGAAUCAGCCAUGCGAAGGGGCUGCGAAAAAAGCCAAUUCAAUUUUAGGCUACCUUGAACACAAUUCCCAAAGCACAGGGAGUGAUCACUCCAUUCCAUUGUGCAUUAGUCACGCCUCGAAUACUGUGCCUGGUUCUGGGUGCCACAUUUUAAAGAAGGUCCAGAAAAACGACUUCCGGGGAGCAGAAAUCACUUCCUGCAAAGAAAGACUGAAGAAUUGAGGGGGGGGGGGAAUGAGGUUGACAGGAUAACAUUCUUCCAACACCUGAAAGGCAGGUGCAGCUACAAUUAAGACAACACGAUUAAAUGAGCAUCACAAUGCACACACUACCACUUACGUACUCGAGGGCGAUGUCACAACAUAGAUACAAAAGGUUGCAUUUCACCACUUGAUGCAGAGGCCAAGGUGAACCUUGGGAAGUUCUCUCCCAUUCCAGAGUGCAGAAGCCAGAAAAAUUGUUUGAGCCACAGGAAGGCAGAUUCUAGUGGAACUCUGGCUGGGCAACAGGGCAACCGAGCGGCGGACUCCCCUUCCUUGGGAGGCUUUGAGACACAGAAAAUAGGCAGCCGUUUUAGUCUGCGACGGUCUCUAGUUUCAGUUCCUGCAAGGGGGGGGGGAGACGGGGGCGCUUCAGCUUCCGGCUCUAAAACCCCUUGAUUCCGUUUUUCCAUUUAUGAGAACAAGCGUUUCUUUUCCGCUUCCAUUACACGCAUUUCAUGAAGUUGUCAUUAGCUAGUGUGUGUCUUCUAUGUAUUUUUAAAAUCAUUUGUGCGCCUCUUAGCUGUCUUUCCGCAUUUAUUGGUCUUGAAUCAUAAGCAAUAUCGCUCCACCUUCUAACUUUCCUCUGGACGCCCCCCGGGCCGGUGCCAGCGGAAGACCCUUCCUCGCCCUUCUCCCGAACGAGCCGCCUUUCCUCUCUCGCCACGAGGCCACGGACGGCCUACACGAGCCACGGGCAUCCCUCGAACCCGACCGCCUCCCGGCAGACGCCGCUUCCAACCCGUCUCUCGGAGGCCCCGAGGCCUCCGGGCCGGAAAGCUGGACGAGGGGGUCGCGCGGCUCCCUCUCCCCAGGCGGGGCCAGCAGAAGGCGCCGCGCGGGGUUGCGCGGGCCGACAUAAAGGCGGGAACAGCGGAGCAGCCCCCCCCACCUCUGGUGCAAGCGCAUGCGCUCUGCGGCCGCAGCGGGGGAACUCUGGGAUGUUUCUCCUCCUCCUCCUCUCCCUCUUUCUCCGCCAGCGCCGCAGCCGCAGCCACGGGAGGCGCCCGGCCGGCCGGCCAUGGAGAGCCCCCCUCGCUGAGGACUGACCGCCCGGCCGGCAAGGGCCCCUUCGCCCCCACCGGCCCCUUCCGCCCCUGCUCGCCGCGGCGGCCCCGCUCUCCGACCAUGGGCAACGAAGCCAGCCUGGAGGGCGGCGAGAGCCUGGCCGGACUGCCCGAAGGUGUGGCCGGGGCUGCUGCGGGAGACCCGGUGGGCCUGGCGGAGGACCUGAGCCGCCUGAGCCCGGAGGAGCGGAGGCAGAUCGCCGCCGUCAUGUCAAGGGCGCAGCGGGGGCUGCCCGCAGGAAAGACGGCCGGCCCGGAGGCGCCUCCCUUGACAAGAUCUGUUCCACCUGAUGACGGUGAUCACCCAAAACAACAGGGCAAGCCUCCAGAUCCUGGGCCCCCCACGCUAAGUAAAAGCAGAACAGCUGAUACCCUGAAAACGGAGCAACAGGUCCCUGGAAGAAGCACAUCGUCCAUGAGUUUGAGAGAGUCUAAAUCAAAGACCGAUUUGAAGGAUGAUCAGAAGCCAACUAUAAUGCCCAGCUUUCUCUCAGAUGCCAACCCAUUUGGCGCAGUCACAUCAGUUGUAAAUAAAUUCAAUCCUUUUGAUUUGAUAUCUGACUCAGAUAUAGACCAGAAUGAAGGCUCCAAGAGAGUGAAGCCCACCCAAAAGGAACAGGGUAAAUCUGAGCCACGAGAGGGGAUCUCCAAGCAACCACCGCAACAUUCAUCUCCAAAGCCAAGUAGUCCACAACUUGGGGCUGUCAAACUGGUCCCACAAAAAACAGGACCUCCCAAACAGGCACUGCAGCGACAACCACAAUCUGGAAUGCCUAAGCAAAGUCAGAAACCAGGCUCUGGCCAAACAACAGAAGAAGCAAAACAGUAUCCAGGACCACCCACAUCUCGGUUCCCAAAGCAAGAAUCUACGAAACCUGCAAAGUCUUCACCACAACAGUCGGGAGCUGGAAAGCCUCCUAGUAUGGACCUUGCUAAAACUUCCUCCCAGUCCUCUGUUCUUAAAAAACCAGCAUCCCAGCAGGGAGUGCCCCCUUCUAAACCGAAACCUCAGCAGCAGCCGGAAGGUCCUUUGAAACCUGAGCCAGCAGCGUCCAGUAAGCAACCAUUGCAACAUUUGGCCGGUCCUGCAAAAGCAGCACUCCCCCAGCCUGGAGGAUCUGGGAAACAACCAUCUCAGCAGCCUGGGGCACCUGCAAAGCCUCCCCCCCAACCGGCCGAGUCUACCAUUCGAUUCCAGCAACAGGCGGGGCCUGCAAAACCUGAUGAUCCACUGCCUGGACCUUCCCAGCAGCAACACGUAACUCCAUCGCAACCUGGAUUACAAGCCACAAAGAAAACUUUUUGCCCACUUUGCACAACCACUGAACUCCUCCUGCACGUUCCUGAAAUGGCCAAUUAUAAUACUUGCACCCAGUGUCAAACCAUAGUCUGCAGUUUAUGCGGUUUUAAUCCUAAUCCUCAUAUAACAGAGAUCAAAGAAUGGCUGUGUUUAAACUGCCAGAUGCAAAGAGCUUUAGGGACUGACUUGGCUCCUGCUCGGCCUUCGGCACCCAGGCAAGAGACUCCAGCCACAGCAGCUUCCCAACCACAGCCAGGCACGAAGAAGAAAGAAAGUGCUCUGAAACAGGAUGCGACAAAGUCCGCGGAACAGCAAAAGCCGCCGACCCAAGCAAAGCAGCCGCCUGCCCAGCCCGGUUCUUCUCCCGCAAAAGCGAAGGCUCUUCUUGCUGAACCCAGGACAGCAGAAUCCGCUCCCAAGUCCCACCAGGCCCAGCCGUCGGGAAGCGAGGAUCAGCGGAAGCAGCCCGGUCCUCGGAGACUCACCGGCGAUGCCGCCGCAUCUGAGCCCUCUGGACAAAAUGGCCCCGAGCCUUUGCUCCCUCGACGCAAAGCGGAGCCCUUUCCGAGGCCAGGAGAGGACGAGCUGCCGCGGGACAAGCCUGCGCCCGUUGAUAAAGUGGCUGCUCCAGGUGGCAAAACUUUUCCUCAAGGGUCCCCUCAAAAGUCUGGAGGAAAACUCGAUCCGCAGCUUGGAACUGAUUUGAAUGCUAAGGGCCAAAAGGAGACGGAAGCGGUAAGAGGGGUAAAAGAGCCCUCUGCGAAAGCCCAGCCCCAGACGAAUCCCAUGGGGCCAGAUGCCAAAUUGACUCCAAAGGGCCAACCAGCCUCCACGGGUGCCAAGCCCGGCCAAGGCCGACCUCAGGUCCAGGCCCAACCGCCUCCAAGAGCACCGGAAUCGGCCAAGCAUUUCGGCCUCCACACAGCAGUCGAUGCCCCCAGGUCGCUCCCCACAGCCCCUCCGGAAACGGUUACCGGGAAGCUGUUUGGAUUCGGGGCUUCGAUUUUCAGCCAGGCUUCUAGUUUGAUUACCACAGGGGGCCAGCCAGGAGCUCAGGUGCCCGGAGCUGCCCCUUCGGCCCCCUCCAGGCAGCCCCCUCCUCCUGCCCUGCAGAAAGAGCCCCCUUCGCCAUCUCCCAGGGGAGGGCCCACGAGGAAGGAAGCCAAGCCUCCCGUGGCAGAGAAGCGUCCCCCAAAGGAAGCCAUCUGCGCCAGCCAGCCAGAGGCCGAGAAGAAGCUGCCACCGCCUGCCGGGGCCUCCCAGGCUCCCCUCGGGGCUGGAGGAGAGGAGAGGGCGGGGGCCCCGGAGGCCCCCCAGGGCCCCCCAGAGGCGGCGUCCGUGUGUCCCCUCUGUGAAACGGGUCUGAACGUGGGCUCUGGAGGCCCUCCAAAUCACGGCACAUGCACAGAGUGCAAGGCGGUCGUGUGCAGCCUCUGUGGAUUUAACCCAACGCCCCACAUCACAGAGGUUCAAGAAUGGUUAUGCUUAAACUGCCAAACUCAAAGGGCGCUAUCAGGACAACUUGGGGAUAUAGAAAAAAUCACAUCUCCUGUAUUUCCAAAAUCUUCGGUCAGACCAUCAAAUGUCCUUCAAAGUCAGUCUAAACCUGCUGAGCUGCCCCAACAAAAGAUUUCAGCAAAACCUGCCCUGGUGCCUGAAAAACCAAAGAUGGGUUCAAAAAUUCAGAAAGAGGAUCCCAAGGCAAAGAAGGACACACUUUCAACAAAGACAUUUACUGGAAGGAUCCAAGAAGAAAUUUUUAAAAUUGACAUUUCAAAGCUUUCGCCAGGAAAAUUAGCAAAAACAACAUCUGCUGAUAAAAUCAUUCAAGGAAUUUCAAAAGCAGAAAAGGAAAAAUUGGGAAAAUCAUCAUCUGCUGAUCAAAUUCUAAAAACAGAGUCAAAAUUGCCUAUAAUUGAUAAGCUUUCACAUGAUAAGAUAAACCUGGAACAGACGAAAAUAUCUCUAUCCGAAGACUCAAAGCAUCCACAGAUAAAACUGGCCAGAGAGGAGACUCAGAAGGGGGAACCAGCCAUUCAAGUCAAAUUGCCAUCUGCUGAUCAGAGUCAGACGGAUCGGGUGACCUUGAAAAAAAUACCAUCCGCUGAUAAAAUCCUACAAGACGCUCAAAAGCCAGAUCGAAAGGUUUAUCCAGACAAAAUGACAAAAGUAGCCUCAGAUGGUGAAAUUGUGAAAGUUGAACCAAAAUUUCAGCAGGCAAAAUUGGCCAAAAUACUAUCCUUUGAUCAAAUUCAGAAAGAAGAUUCAAAACGAAUUCCAGCGAAAAUAAUGAAAACGGCUUCUGCCGACCAGCUGUUCAAAGAUUCUGUGAAAUUCAAGGAACUAAAACAAGUGAAAUUGCCCAGGGCGGGACCAGAGUCUUCCGAGACCAUUAGCAGCCAAAGACCACCGUCAGAAGCCUCAGAUCACUUCGCCAAAAUCGAACACGCACCAAAACAAGAGCAAUCGUUUGAAGAAAAGCCAGACUCUGAAAUGCAUCUAGCAACAAAACAGCAGGAAGAUCCCACACUAUCAGAAAUGAUUUCAAAAGCUCAUAAACUACCCGAGGAAAAUCUUUCAGAUCGACCCGUGUCAUUACCAAAAUCUUACCCUGUGGAGUCAGUGAGAGAAAAAACAGAAAAAGAAGAUGACAAAUCAGAUAUAUCAAGUUCUCAGCAGCCCAAAAGCCCUCAAGGCUUGAGUGAUACAGGAUAUUCCUCUGACGGCGUCUCUAGUUCGCUUGGUGAAAUUCCAAGCCUUACUCAGAUAGACGAAAAGGAUGCGCUGAAAGGGUCCUUUGAGAAAGAGUCUCUUUCGCAAGGGGGCAGCCCAGUCAGCCCCUCCGACCUGGCUAAGCUAGAAAGCACAGUCUUGUCCAUUCUGGAAGCUCAGGUCACAAGCCUUGUGGAGGAGAAGUCUGGAAGGACCAAAGACCUCUCGGCUGAGCCGGCCAAGGCCUCUCGUGACACAGCACUCUUGCCUGUCGCCUCGGAGCCACUCACUUGUGAGGAGGAAGAUUUGAGAAAACUGAACCUUCAAGAUGAAGGAGGCCCUGAACGAGGCGGGGAAGAAAAUUUGCCCCCCCCUCAGAAAGGGCCCAGGCAGGUCGCAGGCGUGGCAGAGAGUGCGUCAACCAGAAGGCAGCGCUAUGACUCUGUGGAAGACAGCAGCGAGAGCGAAAACUCCCCUGCCCCACGAAGAAGAAGAAGGCGGCAGACCAGCGCUGGCUCCUCAAGCAGCGAUGAUGAAGGCAAAGCUGAAGACAGUCCAGCCUCAGGCGAUGAUGAGAAUUUCAUUCGGAAGCAAAUCAUGGAGAUGAGCGCUGACGAAGAUGCUUCCGGUUCCGAAGAUGAAGAAUACAUCAGAAAACAGUUAAAAGAAAUUAGUGCAAAUGAAACACAGAAGAAGGAAGAAGUUAAGUUCAAAAAAGGAAUAGGUGGAAAGCAUAAGAGGAUAUCACGUAAAAGUAGUGCGGGCUAUGAAGAGGAAUCUGGCAGGCGCCAUUCCUGGCAUGAUGAUGACGAUGAUGAGGCUUUUGAUGAAAGUCCAGAACCAAAAUAUAGAGAGACAAAAAGUCAAGAGAGUGAAGAAAUUACUGCAACCGGAGGAGGGGGUCUUCGUCGCUUCAAAACAAUAGAACUUAACAGUACAAUAACAAAUAAAUUUUCUGAGGGUUCAGAAGCACCAAAGAGAGAUUUAUACUUUGAUGAAGAGCCAGAAUUAGAAAUGGAGAGCCUGACAGAUUCACCAGAGGACAGAUCACGUGGAGAAGGAUCUUCUAGUCUGCAUGCCUCCAGCUUCACCCCAGGUACGUCUCCUACCUCUGUUUCGUCCUUUGAUGAAGACAGUGACAGCAGUCCCAGUCACAAAAAAAUGGGGGGAGAAACCAAGCAGCAGCGUAAAGCCAGACACCGGACACACGGGCCUCUUCUCCCGACAAUUGAGGACUCUUCUGAGGAAGAGGAACUCAGGGAGGAGGAAGAGUUGCUGAAGGAGCAGGAGAAACAGCGUGAACUAGAGCAGCAGCAAAGAAAGAGCUCUAGCAAGAAAUCUAAGAGAGACAAAGACGAGCUCAGAGCCCAGAGAAGGAGAGAGCGACCAAAAACACCACCCAGUAACCUUUCUCCGAUCGAGGACGCUUCCCCAACAGAAGAACUGCGUCAAGCGGCAGAGAUGGAGGAACUGCAUCGAUCUUCCUGCUCUGAAUAUUCACCGAGUAUUGAGUCUGACCCUGAAGCUUUUGAAAUCAGUCCGGAAAAAAUAAUAGAAGUGCAGAAAGUUUAUAAAUUGCCAACGGCUGUCUCGCUCUAUUCUCCUACAGAAGAACCGCCCGUCGGAAUGGCCAAGCAAGGGAAUAAUCAGAAGACUUUGAAAAGCGCAGAGGAAGUAUACGAAGAAAUGCUGCAGGCGUCUCAGACGGCUAGACCGCUUCCAGGUGAAAACGAAAGGGAAGAAGUGUUCGAGAAGGAACCUUUAUAUGGUGGCAUGCUCAUAGAAGACUAUAUCUAUGAAUCCUUAGUAGAGGAUGCAUACAACGGGGAGUCCAACCUCAUUGUAAAACAAGAGGAGUGUGAAGAAUUUAGCCAAGAGGAAGAGCAGAAAACCCCCCCGGAGGAAAUCUAUGAAGAAUCUAUGCAAAAACCCAUUGAUUUACAAGACGCCUAUUACAGAAUAGAGCUUUUGCACUCGAUUAUGCCUCAGGAGGACAUUGUUUCUAGUUCUUACAUCAUGCCAGAAAGUCAUGAAAUUGUUGUGCUGGACAGUGUGGCACCAUCUUCAUCGAGUGAUGAAAAACAACUGCUAGAGGCAGAGGCGGUUUAUGAAGAACUGAUGAAGCGGCAGGGAAUACAGCUGACCCCGGGCUCCAGCCCUACCCAGUCAUCCCCUGAAUUGGCUUCCAUCACAAAGAGGAGGAGUCUGUCCGGAGAAGCGGGAGAUAGUAACUCCCUAGUGUCAAGCACUUCUUCAACAGUUUCAGACACAAUGUCAGCCAGCCCUGUAAUGCUGCCCAUUCCAGAUGUUAAAAUUACCCAGCACUUUACAGUGGAAGAAACAGAGGAUAACUAUUUUACUGAUUAUGCCCAUGAGGUGGAAGAAAUUAUUUCCCAGGAAACGUCCACGUUGACAUACUCGGAGGCCUUAGAAAGUGCCACCCCUCUUUUCCCAUCAGAGACGUGUUCUCUCACGUCAUCUACGUCUUCUGUUUACACGGCUGGCACCCCUUCACCCGUAGCUGGAUCAGAUGGCAUCACUCCCAUUUGUAGCGAUUCAGUGGAUGCUCUUAGUGGACCAUCAGAUUCAGAAGGGGUCGUUUCAGUGGCACAGUCUACUAGAAUUUCCCAAAGUGAGGAGUAUGAACCUCUUACGUUAUCCCCCAAGAAGGAACCCAAAGAUCUGACUGAUGCCAGUCAGGGAUCAGUUACCUUUCCUGAAACCAACUCCUUUGCAUCCACUUCUGUAGAAACAAAAUCUAAAAGUUUUGUCCAUGCUGCCUUGGCAGAGGAUGGCAAAGCUGGGAGAGAUGUGGCAAAGGUUAAUGAACUAAAGAGGGUUUCUGAAGAUGGAUAUUCAAGGAUUUCCAUUAAUAUGGCAGGAAUAAAGGCUAUAUCUGACCAAGAAUUUACCUGCGUAGUUCCAUUAUGUACUGUUUCUUCUAUUACCCCUGCAUCUGAAGCUUCUCCAGCUUUCAUUGCUGCUUCCCAAACAUACUCAUUUUUGGAAAGAUCUUUUGUUCAUCCCGCUCCACCAUAUCCUCCCCCUCCCCCUCCUGCCCCACCCAUUCUACCAAAGCCAGCCAUUUAUCCUAAAAAGAAGCCACCAGUUAAAACUGCAGUGACCACAGUUCCCACCAUGAUACCAUCCAUUAGUACUGCCAAAAUAGCAGAGACCUCUCCUGUCACAAAAAUAUGCACGCCAACCCCACCUCCCGUCCCCCCUAAGCCAGCUUUAAUUCCAGCAGGGCUUGUAUUCGCGCACAGAUCUUCUGAAAUAAUAAAGCCGCCAAUUGCUCCUAAACCAGCCGUUCCUCAGCUACCGGUGGCUGUUCAUAAACCAACAGAAACACAGUUCAAGCCAGCCAGCCUGCCUUUUACCAGCUCCAUGACUUUGAACUUGGUUUCCCCUGCUGAAUACAAAUUGACCUCUCCCACCUCCCCUUCAUCUCCACAUUCUAAUAAAUCUUCCCCGAGGUUGUCCAAAUCCUCUCAGGAAACCUAUGUUGUUAUCACGUUGCCCUCUGAGCCCGGGACUCCAAUGGAAUCCAUUAUCAGCCAAGCCGUCAGCAGUUGGCCUUCGGCUUCAUCCCUUAAGGAACAAGUGCCAGAAGCUAUACAGAUGUUCAUGCCAUCUGUAAGUUCGCUGCAAAUGCAAAGUACAACAGAUCAAAGCAAGAGUAUCCCAAAUGCUUUGAAUGCUGUUGCUUCUAUCCCUAUCACUACAACUGGACAACCAAUUUUUGGCACGGUGCCUAAGUCCACCACAGAAGUAAUAACAGCAAGAACUACCGUGUCUUUGGUAAGAAAUGCUGGAUUAGAUAGUGUUUCCAUAACUAUGCCCCCAGACACAUUGCCUGUGGUAGAGCGAACCAAAUACAGAGAAAAUGGAAGAUCCGGUGUCUUUGGUGAUGUUAUGGAUCUCCGCACCCUGACUAAGACUGGUAUUGAUAGAACAGAUAGCUGCAUUGACCUAUCUGCCACUCCCGCAGAUGUGAGAAGACAGACAAUGGCAGGUGACACUUCUGGCCAGUCAGUAAGCACAGUUCAGCCAGGGAUCAUAAAUCUUAGUACAGUGUCCAUGGUCAGCCUCUCUUUAGCUCCGGUGGCUGAUGCCAUUUCAGUGGUGACCUGUGCAUCUACUGUAGGUUACAGUACCAGUAUAGAAAGCCUCAUAGACCUUGGGCAUGGAAUGACAACUCCACUUCAGUUAACAACAUCAAAGCAUUUUGAGCCUGGUCCUGUAAUAACAGGAAGGCAGGCCCUGUCUGCAGACAGAGAAGAUGCUCCAAUAAAUCUGUCCCUUGGAACACCCGCAUCAGCACUCGCGUGGGCCACUACAAAGCCUAUCACUGCACCUCCGGUUGGGGUAACCAACGGUUGUGUCAACGCUUCUGCUGCUCACAAAGCUAUGGACAGUGGCGUGGUUGACCUGAGCAUUACAAAAUCCUACAGAACAAUGGUGACCGUUGAUGAAACGACUUCAGGAUUUUUUACAACUGUAAUAGAAGAGGAUGAAAAACCUGUAGAUUUGACCGCAGGGAAAAGGGCUGUUUGUUGCGAUGUGAUUUACAAAUUGCCAUUUGGGAGGAGCUGCACCGCUCCAGCCCCAGCAACUACCCUCCCGGAAGAUCGUUUUGGCUACAGGGAUGACCACUACCAGUAUGACCGCUCCGGGCCCUACGCUUACAGAGGAACUGGGGGUAUGAAGCCCUCCAUGUCGGAUACCAAUUUAUCCGAAGCUGGGCUCUACCAGUACAAAAACAAGAACGCCCUUGAGCACCAGUUUGGGGCAGCUGAUUUAGCAGUAGACUUGACUUCUGGCAGAGACACCACAGGUGAAAUUAUGGAUUAUUCAAGCAAGAUUACUGAUCUAUAUCCAGAGAGCCAACAUGUGAUUUCUGGCAUUAGUGCACCUCAGUAUUCCCAAGCAAGAAUGUUCUCCUCCUUAGGAACCUCCUAUGGAAGUGUAUUGAGAUCAUCCAAUGGGGUGGUUUACUCCUCAGUGGCAGCUCCGGUCCCAUCUACAUUUGCUAUUACCACACAGCCUGGCUCUAUUUUCAGCACUUCAGUCCGAGACCUGCCUUCUCUUCAUGCCGUUGAUUCAGUGCCUUCCUUGUCAAACUUGCCACAGAGCCAGGCGCUCCCAAGAUCAUUACACUUUUUGACAACCGUGUCUUCUGAAAAAGACAAUCUUGUUGCUGGCAUUGACCCAGGGAUGCAACCUCUCCCUCUAGAAACUAUUGCCACUGAGCCAGUGCUGCCUGUCUUUAGUACGGCUUCUGAAGCGUUCAUAGAUGGAAUUGAAGAUGAAGGAGCGGUUCUCAUUGACACUGAAGAAGACAAGCAACAGCAUCUGGACAUAGAACGUGAGCUUCUGGAGCUUGAAAAACUGAAGCAGCAGCGCUUUGCAGAAGAGCUAGAAUGGGAACGUCAAGAAAUACAGAGGUUUAGAGAACAAGAGCAGUUCAUGGUUCAAAAGAAGCUUGAGGAACUGCAUUCCAUGAAGCACCACCUUCUCUAUCAGCAGGAAGAAGAGAGGCAAGCUCAGUUCAUGAUGAGACAAGAAACAUUGGCUCAGCAGCAGCUGCACAUUGAACAAAUCCAACAACUUCAACAGCAGCUUCACCAGCACUUAGAAGAGCAAAAAAUCCACCAGAUGUAUCAAUAUAAUUAUGAUCCUUCUGAAAUGGUGUCCCCACAAACGACCACAGAUCAAGUCCUUCUUGACAGCCAGUAUGCUGCAAGCAACCAGUUCUGGCCUGGCGAGGAGGUGACCACCACUACUUCUGCUCUCCUGGAGAUGGAAAUUCCAGACAGCCAAGGCUGGUACGCUGUCCAGUCAGAUGGCAUGACUCAGUACAUUCCCAAGCCAGGGACGUUAAGUUCUGUUUCUGAGCUAUCUCUUAAAGACAUGGAAGUGAGAGAGGAAAAACAGCUUAAAAAGAAGAAUUCCAUGCCAAAGCUGCACGGCCUUUACGAGGAGCGCAGUGGAGGCACGGAAGGUGAACCCAGGGGUUUUAAAAAGAUAGUGGAGAGUGGCGUCCAAACAGAUGAUGAGGAUAGCGCAGACCUGGCCUACGCAGACCGGAGACGCAGGACCAAAAAGAGUGUUGAUACGAGUGUUCAGACGGAUGAUGAGGAUCAAGAUGAAUGGGAUCCCACCAACAGAUCAAGAAGAAAGACCCGUGUAGGGAAAUAUGAAGGGAGCACAGAGGUGGAUAAGGCUAAACCCUUUUCCAAGGUCUCCAGUAUUGCAGUGCAGACUGUGGCAGAGAUAUCUGUACAAACGGAGCCUGUCGGAACCAUAAGGACUCCAUCAGCCAGGGCCCAGUUAGAUGCAAAGAUAGAAAUAGUCAAACACAUUUCAGCUCCAGAAAAGACAUACAAAGGAGGAAGUUUGGGAUGUCAGACAGAGACAGAUUCAGACACCCAGAGUCCCCUGUACCAUAGAGUCACUUCCCCUCAGAAAGAUAAAAAGCGCCCAACGCCAUUAGAGAUAGGCUAUUCAUCCCACCUGCAUCCAGAAACCACCUUUCAGAUGGCUCCUUCAGCUCCUAAAUCUCCCAAAGUCCUCUAUUCUCCCAUUUCACCUGUUCCUCCAGCAGCAGUCAUGGAGUCAGCCUUUGUGCCCUAUGAGAAGCUGAUGGCUGAAGAUAUUAGUUCUCAGAAAACUCUUCAUGCCGACAUCCCCACGGCUCCUCAGCUGAGCCCAAAGUCUGCCAAGGUGAUCCAGCGCUCUUUGUCGGACCCGAAGCCCCUGAGCCCCACGGCUGAGGAUCUCUCCAUGGCUCACUUCCAGUACACAGAGAGCUUCUUGCAAGCCAAAGAGUCUUCGGGUGCAGGAACAUCUUCAGGACCGCAGAAGAAGGUCAAGAGGACUCUGCCCAACCCGCCUCCUGAGGAUGUUUCGGUAGGAACACAACCGGCCUUUUCCACCGUGGGGUCGAUUUCACGCCGGAGGAUGUGCAGAAGCAACACGAUGGCCAGAGCUAAAAUCCUCCAGGAUAUAGACAGAGAACUAGACAUGGUAGAAAGAGAAUCUGCUAAGCUUCGCAAAAAACAAGCAGAGCUUGACGAGGAAGAAAAAGAAAUAGAUGCAAAACUCCGGUAUCUGGAAAUGGGCAUCAACCGACGCAAGGAAGCCCUGCUCAAGGAAAGAGAGAAGAGGGAGAGAGCCUACCUGCAAGGGGUAGCGGAGGAACGUGAUUAUAUGUCCGACAGUGAAGUCAGCAGCACCCGGCCUGCCAGGGCAGAAUCCCAGCAUGGCCUGGAGAGGCCGAGGACUGCGCCCCAAACAGAAUUCGACCAAUUCAUACCCCCCCAGACACAACCAGAAACUCAGUUUGCUACUCCUACAAGUCCUUAUACACAGUAUCAAUACUCUUCUCCUGCCCUUCCUACUCAGGCACCAACUCCCUAUACGCAGCAAUCCCAUUACCAGCAGCCGCCACCUUUGUAUCAACAGCAGGUUUCACCCUAUCAGACUCAAACCGUGGUGACCGUGUCCUUCACUCCUCAAGCUCAACCCCCACCAACUUUGCAGCCUUCCUAUCAGCUCUCCUCUCCAUUGGUGAUGAUCCCGCAAAAAGCAAGACAAACUUCAUUAUACAUGGAACCCAAGAUAACAACAAACUAUGAUGUCAUUCGCAAUCCGUCUCUCAUGAUAGCACCCGCUUCCUCUGAUAGCGCCUACUCGGUGGCUCAUUUGGGUAGCAAGUAUAGCACUUUGGAUCUGAGGUUGGGACUGGACGAAAGGAGCAGCCUGGCCAGCAGCCCCAUCUCGAGCCUGUCAGGUGACUCUUUCUAUCCAGACGUUGACCACCACAGCGCUCGCAGUUACCUGCUGCUUGAUGACAUGGGGGAUCUCACCAAGGAAACACCGACCCUGAGCUCCACCUAUGGCCUGCACGAAAAGGACCUCGGCAAAACCGACAGGCUCCUUCGGGCCACCGAGGCUCGGCGAGUGCAAGAGGUCCCAGAUUUCCUCUCCUCCCUGCAAACGUCUUCCCGGCUGCACAGCUACAUGAAGACCGAGGAAGACCCCAUGGAGGAUCCUUAUGAACUGAAACUUCUGAAGCAUCAGAUCAAGCAGGAGUUCCGGAGGGGCGCAGAAAGCAUGGAUCACCUGGCUGGCCUCUCCCACUGUUACCAUACAGAUACGAAUUACAGGCAUUUCCCCAAGUCUGAGAAAUACAGCAUCAGCCGGCUGACUCUGGAAAAGCAAGCUGCCAAGCAGCUUCCAGCAGCCCUUCUCUAUCAGAAACAAUCCAAACAUAAAAAGGCUUUGAUGGAUCCCAAACUAUCAAAAUUUUCACCCAUUCAGGAAAGCAGGGAUCUUGAGCUUGAUUAUUCAACCUAUUUGACUUCCAACACCUCUUCAGUUGGGAGCAUCACCUCCAAAGCAAAACUUCUCCAAGAUGACAUAACAUUUGGCCUUCGAAAAAACAUUACAGACCAGCAGAAGUACAUAGCUCCAACUUUGUCUCAUUCCCUGGGAACGAGCCUUGGGGCAGCACUGAGUGUCACCAUGAGGUCAGCUUUACAGGACGAUGUGGACAAAUCUUACGCCAGCGCUACGAGAUCGAGACCUUCCUCUAGGCCAUCCUCUGUCUAUGGGCUUGACCUGUCCCUGAAACGAGACACUUCCAGCUCUUCUUUGAGGUUGAAAGCCCAGGAAGCUGAACCCCUCGACGUUUCCUUCAGCCCCACAGCUCCUUCUGGAAGAACUAAGCCUACUAGUCUACCGAUAAGUCAGAGCAGAGGGCGGAUUCCAAUAGUCGCACAGAACUCGGAGGAAGAGAGUCCCUUAAGUCCAGUGGGGCAGCCAAUGGGGAUGGCGAGAGCGGCCGCUGGGCCCCUGCCACCGAUAUCUGCAGACACCAGGGAUCAGUUUGGCUCAAGCCAUUCCUUGCCGGAAGUCCAGCAGCACAUGAGGGAGGAGUCACGCGCUCGGGGCUACGACCGGGAUAUUGCCUUCUUCAUGGACGACUUCCAGCACGCCAUGUCAGAUAGUGAAGCCUAUCACCUGCGUCGGGAAGAAACAGAUUGGUUCGACAAACCUCGGGAGCCCCCUCUGGAGAAUGGGCCUGCUUUUGACAGAAGGCUGCCGGAUAAGUUAGCCCACUCAAGACCACCGAGCCAGCAUCAGGACCAAAUUAUUGGGAAGCCUAUCCAAUACACCUUCCCUCAUGCAAGGCUGAAGCUCUUGAGCGACCCAAAAGAUCACUCUGUUUCAGGCAAUGGUCUUGGGAUUCGAAUUGUAGGUGGAAAAGAAAUUCCUGGAACCAAUGGAGAAAUUGGUGCUUACAUUGCAAGGAUCUUACCAGGUGGAAAUGCUGAACAAACAGGGAAACUUAUGGAAGGCAUGCAGGUGCUGGAGUGGAACGGCUUUCCUCUGAUGGGCAAGACCUAUGAAGAGGUCCAGAGCAUUAUCGCUCUCCAGAGUGGGGAAGCUGAAAUAUGUGUAAGACUGAAUGUCAGCAUGCUGUCUGAAGGAGAGAAUUCCCAACAUCUGGAAUGGCUUGAGCCAGGAAAGACAGUAGAUAAAACAAAAUCUCCAGGAGUCGAUCCUAAGCAACUGGCUGCAGAGCUGCAAAAGGUUUCUCUGCAACAGGCUCCCCUGAUGGCCUCUUCAGCCAUGGAGAAGGGGUCCCAUGGGCACUCUGGGACUGCGUCAGCCGCCUCCAGCUCCGUGCCCAGCCCUGGGCAGCCUGGCUCUCCUUCAGUGAGCAAGAAGCGGCACAGCGGCAAGUCUGCUGAAGUCUCAAAGGGGGGUUCCCAUCCCAUAACUGGAGAAAUCCAGCUUCAAAUCAACUAUGACAAGCAACUUGGUAAUUUGAUUAUUCAUGUCCUUCAAGCCAGAAAUCUUGCUCCCCGUGACAACAAUGGUUAUUCUGACCCUUUUGUCAAAGUUUACCUUCUGCCAGGAAGAGGCCAAGUCAUGGUUGUCCAGAAUGCAAGCGUUGAGAACAAGAGAAAGACAAAAUACCUACAGAAAAGCUUGAAUCCUGAAUGGAACCAGACGGUUAUUUAUAAAAGCAUCUUCAUGGAGCAGCUGAAAAAGAAAACUCUGGAAGUCAGUGUCUGGGAUUAUGAUAGAUUCUCCUCUAAUGACUUCUUGGGUGAAGUCUUAAUCGAGCUGUCUAGUGCCUCUCCCCUGGAUAACACUCCUCGCUGGUACGUUCUGAAGGAGCAGAGUGAAAACUUUGACCAUGGGAGAUCCCACUCAGGGCAGGGUAGCCAACAGUCUCCGAAACCGUCAGUCAUCAAGAGCAGAAGUCAUGGUAUUUUUCCUGACCCAUCCAAAGAUAUGCAGAUGCCCACCAUUGAGAAGUCCCACAGCAGCCCAGGAAGUUCCAAAUCUUCCUCUGAGGGACAUCUGCGGUCUCACGGACCAUCUCGCAGCCAAAGCAAAACCAGUGUCACUCAAACUCACCUUGAAGAUGCUGGGGCAGCCAUCGCUGCUGCUGAAGCCGCUGUCCAACAGCUCCGUCUCCAACCAACUACCCAUAAAAGCGGUCAGUCUAAUCAUGCAAGGAAGCUGCACAGACACAGCAUAGCGGGAGUCCUCCCAAUUCAAAGAACUCAGUCUGACAAUCUGCCUCCACCAGCCAGUGACAACAAAGAGCAAAGCCAACUAGCCCUCAGGAAAGUGAUGUCCGAUGGACCCUUCAACCCUGAAGGAGCCAGGUCUGCCAACCACAGGCCAGGAGAAAGCUCGGUCUCUUCCACUGGCUCAUCCACCAGCACCUUUGGCAGCGGAUACAGUGUGGACAGUGAAGGAAGCAACAGCAACACCACCACCGCCGCCACCACCACCACCACCACCACCACCACUACGGGGGACAGCAACCAUUUCCCCAUUCCAAGAAUAGGAAAGAUGAGCCAGAAUGGACAAGAAGCCGUGAAGCAAUCAGGGGUAGGAUUAAAAGAGAUUGAAGGCAAAACUCAGGUGAUGGGUGAAAUAAAGAUUGCCUUAAAGAAGGAAAUGAAGACCGAUGGAGAACAGUUAAUAGUGGAAAUCCUGCAAUGCAGGAAUAUAACUUACAAGUUUAAAUCUCCAGAUCAUUUACCAGAUUUAUAUGUAAAGCUGUACGUCGUCAACCUUGGGACUCAAAAGAGGGUGGUGAAGAAGAAAACGAGAGUGUGCCGGCACGACCGAGAGCCUUCCUUCAACGAGACCUUCCGGCUCAGCCUGAGCCCCUCUGGCCAUUCGCUCCAGAUUCUUCUUGUUUCCAAUGGAGGAAAGUUUAUGAAGAAAACCUUGAUUGGUGAAGCAUAUAUUUGGCUUGAUAAAGUGGACCUUAGGAAAAGAAUUGUAAACUGGCACAAACUUUUAGUUAGUUCCACACAAGCCCAUUGAGCAAAGAUGUCCUUGUUUGGUGUCAGACAGUUCAAGCUGGAAGAGUCUCCUUGUGUGAUCCCAGGACUCCACUUUAAUAUUAGGCUUAGGUAGGCUUUCCAGAAUAUGAAACAAGUAACAUCUGUUCUGGGCUACCUAGCACAUUUUUAUGAAGGCUAGUCCACUGGUUUUACUAUGUAAAAAGCUAGAAUAAGACAGUAAAAGAAAAACAUCACCCUUGGCUCAGAUGAUAAAACAAGUCCACUGGAAUAAGGACUGCGAAUCAAGGGUUCAAUGAUGUUAAAACCUUUGUAGCCAUGUAAACGAAGGGUGUCCCUGCGCACGAAGGCAGCUGGAAUGCAGAAACUCUGGCUGCGUUUGGAGGCAAGACUCCCAGAGAAUGGAACCUGGGUUCUCUUGUGCCAUCAGAAGGGGGAUCCUUUUAUGCAAAAGCACCCAGGGACGGCCUUCCUAGUCUCACCGAUCAGAAGAUUAUUCAGCUCUGUUCUUCUGUAUUUUAGAGCGUUCAGAGUAAGAUGGUGCCCUAGGGGCAAAACACAGUAUCUUUUAUUUUUAUUUUAAAUAGUAGCAAUGUUUAUAUUUCUUUUCUUGGAGUACCAGUUCAGAGUAAUAAUUUCAGUAUUUCUCCGUGUGAAUAAUGCAGAAUCACGAUCCUAGAACAUUAAGUCCAAAGGGAGAGAGAGAAAUGGGGGGGGGGGGAGAAUCAGGAUUUGUUGUACAGUUGCCACCAUAGCAUGAAAUAAAACGUAGCCCUGAGUUGUGAAAGAAGCCACAGUCCUCCCUGCCUUUCUCAGUCUCUUGUUUACAAAUAAUGAAGUUAAUGAUUUAAAGGGCUUCUAAACAGACAUGCCUAUUUACUGUAUGCCACUGCCUGCUGGUCUUGCUGUUGUUGAUCACAAGGAACCGAGACUCAAAAGUCUGAAGCUAUCUGUGGUUUAGAUUCACUAACUAUGCCACUGGUCCUCAGCUUAUUCUGGAGUUAUGAAUCUUUUUUUUUAAAUGACUUCUAUAAUGUGAUACCACCCUCCAUAAUUGGCAUAGUGCCAUAUUACAGAUUUCAUCCCAAACAUGCACCUCCAUUCGCCGUUCUGCUGGGUGAAAGGACAGUGCAGAGAGGAGGGCUUUGUGUGGUCUCUGUAUGGCAGGUCUUAGUCCAAAGCGACGGAGGGAUUUGUGGAGAAGUCUAAGCCUGCAGCAUUCAUUACCAUCCACUGGGCAUUUUGCAGAAGGAGUACAAAUGAAUCAGCCUAUGGCUUCUGCGGCCAAAACAGAAUUAAUGGCCUAGCCCUAGCUUGUAACAAUGCUGAUUGGCUUUCUGAUCUUAUUAUAGGAUCUGUGCAGUAUCAAAAGCCCAUAUGCACAGCCAAGUAACAAUUUGACUUCAAAUGGCAGUGAUUAUUAUACUACCUUUAAAGUUAAAAUAUCUGAAAAUUAUAAAUUGAAUAACAAUAAAUUCUAAACAAUCUGUUUAAUUUAAUUUAAUCAGUGAACAUUUUUCAGGAGCUCCAGAAGCUAGAAAAUAAAUGCUGGAAAGAGAGUAUUAAAAUUAUAUUUUAUGUUUUAAUAAAGGAACACUUCAUUAGGCAAUAAAUAACUAAGAAAGGGUUCACAGUCCCGAUUUUGUUUUUAGCCAUUACUUAUAUCUGUAAUGAACAGCCGGGGGCAGGGCAGCAAUAGAGUAUAAUAUGAACGGAUGUAACCAGCCAACAUUCUAAUUUAACUUUCAAUUGUCUCCUGAUAAUUAUAUCUACUUUAAUUGGAUUCUUGAGGACAAUUGGCAUGGCCAUUCCCCCAAAUCAUGCAGAAAUGAUUUAGUACUUCAGCCUACGGGUACCACAAGAGAAGGAGAGCAAAUGUCUUACAUAGACUGAAACUAUACCUCUGAAAGUUUCUGAAGCAGCCAGUUCCCUCAUUCUGUGUCAGGUGUCUAGAGAUGUGAGUGAGUCAAUCUUAAAUUAUGAAAUGUGCAAUUUGUGCAAAUGAAUGACAAUUUUGUGCUUCUCAAUGUUUAUGACAAAGGCAAUGACUAUUCCAGUGGUUGCCAUGGAGAUUUCAAGAACUAGGAAGAAACAAUUAGAAGGCUUAUGAAUAAGUCUUUAAUUAUCGCUCUUAAUUGAGAAAGUUAGGCUAUUGUUGCAGCAAUGCUGCUAUGGGUUGAGGAAGUCAAGAGCAAGUGACUAUUUAUGUGAAUACCAAUAUUCAUGUAUUUGCUCUUAAAAAAGAAAUCUUAAUUCUGCUACCCUGGGUUAAAUGUCCUUUGCCCUCCAGAUUUUUCAGUCACUGGCCUGCAUGGGACGAAGCUCCACUGUUUCGGACCUGUCGUAGCUAUUCAUACUGUAACAGUCCUGCUUUGAGGAAUGUACCUAAUUUGUGACAAUUUGCGGUUGUUAGGAAAAUAGUUUCUAUUAAGGCUAGAAUUUCUUUUCUCCUCACGUCCUUCAAAUACGGUUCAGUGCUACUGAUGUUGUCCAUCAGCCGAUCCCUCUUGCACCAGUGCUGGGACUAGCAAUUGUCUCUGAAGCUUUUCUCGGGAUCAGAUAACUAGCAUCAUUCUAUGCAAUGGAGUUUCUUUUUUUAUUAAUGAAGACAAAAAAAUCCUUAUGGCAAUUAUUUUUUUAUCAGAGAAAAAUCACAGAAACUUAGUAUUUAAGAAAAUGUAGAUAUUUCAGUGUAUACGUUUUCCUCUUGAUGGGAUUGGGAGAAAUUGUGUUAUAUUUAUUUCUUCCAUCAGACAAAAAACAAGACUUCUUAUCUGAGAGUGAAGUUUCUCCUGAUAUGGAUUUCUUGGAAAAUAUGUCUUGUUGGUGGCACAAUGAGCUUUAUUGUAUAUCACAUGAGUCUACUGAGCUGAAGGUAAAAAUACUGUUGUGUAAUAAGUCUUGUUCAGGGGGAAAAAUUUGAAAUAUGAGUGAAAGCACAGAACCUGUAUGUGUAUUGACAAGUGAGGGAUCAUUUCUGUGAAAGAAUAUGUGUGUGUUUGUGUACACACACACACACACACACACACACACACCCCUUCAUCUGGUAAGCCACUUUAUGAUCCAAAGUGUUUCAGUUCCUGUGAUGAAUGCUAAAAUAUUUUUUGUUAACCUAAUUCUUUAAAGGGAUGGUAUAAGGAGCAACACAAAUGCUAUUUAUUUUGUUCUAUGUUCUCCCUGCAUGCUCCCCUCUGAAAGACCUCUUGGGUGCCUGCCAGAACAAAUAGGGGUGCCUCGUUGUGGGUGCAUUGGAGAUGCCAGUAAAAUUAAAAUCCAGCUCCUUAUUGUUACUUAAAUUGUGUUUUUCUAAAUGCCUAUAUCGUUUGUUUGGCAAAACAUGGGGAGUGUGAAUCUGUAGCUGGUAACCAGCUGAUAUGGCUUCUUUUUCUUAGGAUGAAAAAGUCAACAGUAAACAUCUCUUAUAUUGUAUGUAAGCUAGUCUGCUUUCCAUUUCUAAAGAUUUCAUGUAAAAGUGUAUUUUUGGCUUUUUAUUUAAAUCACACCUGAUAAUUAAAUAUUCAAAUUAUAGGUCAUUCUACAUAUGAAAGCAUGGCUCUAUCUGUGAUGGAAAUAAGUAAACAAAAUAGUAGCCUCUUUCAUGUGAUGAAGAUAUUGAAGGAAAAUUGAGUGUGUAAUUCUGCGCAAGAUCCUGAAUUAGAAAUUGCUGCUGGACUAAAAUAAUAUCUGGAUACUCUCUCUUCUAAUUGUAAUUUGUUUACUGGUAGUUCCUUUAUUUGUUUACUUAUUUCUGCAACAUCACAAGCACUCUGAUGGUUUCUUUUAAAAAACAUAUAGUUGUAUAUAUAUCAUCAACUUGAACAAUAUGAUUCUGAAGAAAGCUGUUUCCUUAAUAUGUUAUCAUAUUGUAAAUAUACAUUUUUGUAUUGAGUAACACAGCUGAGUUUAGAUUCCAGACCUUAUCUGUUAUUUUAGCAUAUCAUUGUCAAUACAAAUUGGCUGCAUUUUGUAAAAAUGUGAGCGCUCAGCAGUGACAACUGACCUCAAUGCCAUCCUUCUGUUAGACAAAAUUCAUAACUUCCCUGAUAUUCGGAGUAGUAAUGAAAAGAAUAACAGUGAUAACAGGAGCACCAAAUGCACACCCAUCCUAUAGUGGUCUUUGAAGAGAUGUAAUAUUUCCACAAUGAACGUUGCAUGCUUCUGCAGUGUUUUGUUAAAUUAACUUUUUCAUUUUUGCCUUCCAAUCCUCCAAGAAAAAGAAACCUUUCAAAUUAUUUCAUCAACAUCUGCAAGAAUGUCCAAAACAAGAAAGGCUUUUAAAUCAGUUCUCAGAUGUCUAUAAAAUCCAUGUUAUGGUUUAGUGAUUGUAUACAGGAUGUAUCUUGAAAACCUAUGUAAAAUGUCUUGUUCAAAGGCUGUUAAACCCAGCCUUGCUAAUAAAUAUUUAAAAAUAUACACCUA